CUUCCUGCUCCCGCUGACAGCUGCUCAGGAAGCAAUCCUGCAUGCCUCUGGAAAUGGCACACCUUUACCCUCUAAGGACUACUGCAUGCUCUAUAACCCUCAUUGGACAGCUCUUCCAAGUACCCUAGAAAAUGCAACUUCCAUUAGUUUGAUGAAUCUGACUACCACACCACUGUGCAAUCUUUCUGAUAUUCCUCCUGAUGGAAUAAAGAACAAAGCAGUUGUGGUACAGUGGGGAACCUGUCAUUUUCUUGAAAAAGCCAGAAUUGCACAGACGGGAGGUGCUGAAGCAUUGUUGGUUGCCAAUAACAGUGUCCUAUUUUAUCCCUCAGGGAACAAAUCUGAAUUUCCUGAUGUGAAAAUACUGAUUGCAUUUAUAAACUACAAAGACUUUAAAGAUAUGAAGCAGACUCUUGGAGAUAACAUUACCGUGAAAAUGUACUCUCCAUCAUGGCCUAACUUUGACUAUACUAUGGUGGUUAUUUUUGUAAUUGCUGUGUUCACUGUGGCAUUAGGAGGAUACUGGAGUGGAGUAAUUGAAUUCGAAAACAUGAAGGCAGUGACGAGCACUGAAGAUGGAGAAAUGAGGAGAAAGAAGGAAGAGUAUUUAACUUUCAGUCCUCUGACAGUUGUUGUAUUUGUGGUCAUCUGCUGUGUUAUGAUGGUCUUACUUUAUUUCUUCUACAAAUGGUUGGUUUAUGUUAUGAUAGCAAUUUUCUGCAUAGCAUCAGCAAUGAGUCUGUACAACUGUCUUGCUGCACUAAUUCGUAAGAUUCCGUGUGGACAAUGCGCGAUUAUGUGUCGUGGCAAAAGCAUUGAAGUGAGACUUCUUUUUCUCUCUGGACUAUGCAUAGCAGUAGCUGUUGUUUGGGCUGUAUUUCGAAAUGAAGAUAGGUGGGCUUGGAUUUUACAGGAUAUCUUGGGGAUUGCUUUCUGUCUGAAUUUAAUUAAAACACUCAAGUUACCCAACUUCAAGUCAUGUGUGAUACUUCUAGGCCUUCUCCUCCUCUAUGACGUAUUUUUUGUUUUCAUUACACCAUUCAUCACAAAGAAUGGCGAGAGUAUCAUGGUUGAACUUGCAGCUGGACCUUUUGGAAAUAAUGAAAAGAAUGAUGGAAACUUGGUGGAAGCCACUGCUCAACCCUCAGCUCCCCAUGAGAAAUUACCAGUAGUCAUCAGAGUACCAAAGCUGGCCUAUUUCUCAGUAAUGAGUGUGUGCCUCAUGCCAGUUUCAAUAUUGGGUUUUGGAGACAUUAUUGUACCAGGCCUGUUGAUUGCAUACUGUAGAAGAUUUGAUGUUCAGACUGGUUCUUCUAUAUACUAUGUUUCCUCUACAAUUGCCUAUGCUGUUGGCAUGAUACUUACAUUUGUUGUUCUGGUGCUGAUGAAGAAGGGGCAACCUGCUCUCCUCUAUUUGGUACCUUGCACACUUAUUACUGCCUCUGUUGUUGCUUGGAGACGUAAGGAAAUGAAAAGGUUCUGGAAGGGUAGCACCUAUCAGAUGAUGGACCAUCUGGACUCUGCAGCAAAUGAAGAAAACCCUGUGACUGCUGAUGAACAGAUUGUCCAACAAUAAUAUUAUGUGGACCUGCAAUAACGUGUCAGUUGAUUUUCUACAAAUAGAUUUUGACUUUUUAAAUUGACUUUUGAAUUCACAAUCCAAAAGAAUCUUCAGUGAUAUGCUUACAAAUAUAUAUUUUUAAGAGCUGGUACUGACAAUUACAUCAUAAAUAAUUAAAAUACAUUUGCUUUUAAGUAUGUUAAAGUUGUGCCUUCACAUUAAAUAAAAGUAUAUGGUCUGUGUAAUUUUCAAGAUGUAUUAUAUACAGUAUAUUUUUCUAAAAAAUGUCUUGACCCACCCCUGUACUUUUCUUACUGAAAUCUGUUUCUUUCAACUCUGAUAGAUAAAAGUAUUUCUGUCAAAGUGAGUUACUGAACAGAUUUUACUAUAAAGAAUUAUGCAAAUUUUAUGCUCUAUAGAAAUAACUGUUUAAGACCAUGCAAGAAGGCAGUUCAACAAUGAAAUUUUGGACCUUUUAUCACUGCAGAGGUUAGAAAAAUACAAUUUGUGAAUAUAUAUAAAUGCAUAUUUUUGUAGUAUAAAUUUUUUAAAAAUUCCAAUCCUUUUUUAAACUUGAGAACCUGAGAACCUAAAUUACUUCAGACUGCGUAUGUAUUAUAUUAGAAUAUUUUCCAGGUAUAGAGAAACAUAAUAUAUAGAACUAGCCAUUAAAAGGAUACAAAAACUAAAAUCCACAGUUUUCAGUUGUCUGCUGUUUCCUUAAAGAUGGAGCUUAGAUUUCUACACUAACAUUCAAUUUCACUAUAGUAUUUCUGAUCUCUGAAGGUUGAUUCUGUUGAUGUUAAGCCUUGAUAUUUUGUAAAAAUUAUUUUUCUUAUCAAAUUAUAUAUUGAUACGUAUGGUUCAUUUUUUGAGUGUAACAUUCCCUAACAAUCCCCUCCCCACCUUUUUUCCCCUGGUUCCCACUCCUUUUCCCAUAGGAAACCACUGUUAACCUUUCAAUAUUUUGGUGGAGGAUGGUUUACUAAUAUACAGUGUGCUUCAGAGGAAAGAACUGGAGACAAAAGACAGGAGACUGGAUGUUAGUCUCAAUUUAAUUGCAAUAUAAGAGUUUGAGUAAAUUAUCUUAGCUCAAGACACUGGUAUCUCAGUUUUUUCAUCUGCGAAGUGAGUAGAUUAGACCAAUUAAUCACUCUAGUACCUUCCAACCUGAAAGUCUUUCUCAUUCUUUGCUAAAUCUCAGAUGUGCCCUUGAACGUUAUCUUGGAAGUUAGGGGUCAAAUUAUCUUUCCAUUUUCUCUAAGAAAUUCCCAAAUGACAAGUGAUUGUAAGGGCAGCAGGAUUUUGUAUAUCUUUACAAAUAAAGUACAAGAUAUGUGAACAAAUCUAUGAUCUUUCAUUCUAAGGCCAGUCAGCUGAUUAAAAGAUAAAGCUCAUGCCUUUUAAAAUGGAUCAGACUUUUGAUGUUUGAACUGAAUUUAGCACUUGAGGGAAUUAGAUGCUUUUGUUUAAUUAACUUUUGCUUAGUAAAUUGCAGGUAGAGAAGCUACCUCGAGAGUCAGCCCCUCUCUCCACUUAAUACACUUAUAGGUUCUGUGGUUUAUGGCAAAUGACAAGUAAGUAUCUGACAAGUAAGGGUUAAUCUUAAUUUUGCCUCCAUAAUAUCGUUUGAAUUUUUUCCAAAGAAUCUAAUUUAUUUGGCAGACUCUGAUAGAACAGAUUAAAUGCCAUUUUAAAGCUCCAACUAUGUUUUCAUUUAUAAUAUCAAUAAAAUGUUUGCCAAAAUACAGCUUUUGUAGUAAAAUUAUCUGCACUCUCAUCCCAGCUUUAUGAUAUUCAAAGCCUCAACAUUUUAUGAAGAAUAUUAAAGAAAAUGUUACAUCUAGAAAUCUGAAAUCUUAGUUCUUUGAGACAAGUUCUAUUUUAUCCAACCAGUAGUUUUUAGGGUGGUAAAACCUUGUUCUAGUUUGCUAUUCAAGUCUUAUUGAUUAAAUACAAAUAA